GCCUAAGUCAGGCAUCAUGAACAAAAAUAAAUGGCUACUACUCAACGUAAGUAGGUAGGUACCUGAAGGUCAUAUAGAUCAGAGCACCCUUGAUAUCUCCCAGCAGAGCACGGAUACGAUGCAGCGCUUGCGAAUUUAGGUGCGCAGAUGGGAUGAUAGCCACAAAAUUGAUGAAGAACACGGCAAUCGGAUUGGUCUUUGCGCACGCCGUUGCAAGGCCGCCGGGGGUAAGGAUGGCGAGGAGCACAAGGGCCCAAUAUUUGCGCGCGAGACUCGCGAACUUCUCUAGUGCAGACGGGGUCGGUUCUGGAAUGAGUAAAGAGACGGCUGGGGCGGAUCCAGCCUUAAUCACAGGUGCGCCUCCAGCUAUCCUUUUGAUUUCUCUCCUGACUAAGACACUGAACAUGGCCAAAGGAUGUCGCAAAGACCCUACUAGUACUAGUCGUCUAGAUGGCUGCCGUUGUGAGGUCGCGAGUUUGGUUACAGUACGAAAAUCGAAGGACGGGAGCAACUUGGCAUGGAGGACUUGCCCAACGGCCGGGUUGACUGCCUAACGGGGAGGAGGUACCUAAUGUUAAACAGGUAGCAUCGAUUCGAAGAGCAUUCAGCAGUUCCAUCCCUGAUCUUGCCCCUUCUAGUAUCCAGAUGUUGUUCAAGGCUGAAGCCAAUCUCGUCUGGCGUCUCUGGCUACAAAAUAUUCGAAAUGCUUUCCCAAAAUUCUUUGACCUUGAAGGCUUGAACCCCGUGUGGUUGGGCUCCACCGAGGUAUCUGGGGCCCA